AUGUGCACCCAUUUAUCUGGCGGGCGAUUAAACAUCUCCAUUAUACAAGAAACUUUGAGAAAGGAGUUAUUAAAUCUUUUGCAAUUGUGCGAGGGCCCAAAAGUGACUAUAUGGGAUGAAUGGUUAGCUGGACCAGUUGGUCUAGUAGCUCAAUAUUCCCUACUAAAAGAACAUGAAGUCGCAGAUAUGUUUCCCUUGAGACCGGGUAGUCUCCCGACCAUUGCAGUUAAACAUAUUAUAUUCAUUGCAAGGCCAAAAAAGUUCUUGAUGGAUUUAAUUUCAGAUUACAUUGUAUCUUUAAGAAGUAAACAAAACACGCCAGUGGAAUUUCAUCUUUUUUUCGUACCAAGAAGAAGUGAACUAUGUGAAAUGCAUUUAAAGGACAGAGGGGUGUAUGUUAACCUUACAAUUCAAGAGUUCCCUUGUGAUAUAUUUCCGUUUGACAGUGAUUUAAUGUCUUUGGAACUACAGAAUGACUUCAGAGAAAAUUAUCUAGAGGGUGAUCCAACAUGCUUAUACAAUGCAGCGCAAGCUCUGCGUACAAUUCAGCAACUGUAUGGAAUUGUACCCCAUGUAUUUGGAAAAGGACCAGCUGCUAAGCAGGUGUGGGAUCUUCUUUGUAACCUCAAUAAAGAGGAACAAGGCAUGGGCCCAAGGGGUGCAACAACAUCUUGUAUUGAUCAACUACUGCUUAUAGACAGGGCUGUCGACUUCACCAGCGUGCUGACAACACAGUUGACAUAUGAAGGCCUCAUUGAUGAACUCUACGGUAUAAAAAGUACAACAGCAACCUUUCCCGGGCACAAAUUUGUUAGCGCAGACGACGCGAACCCUGAAGUGACAGCGCGUGAGAGGAAACGUGUCAUCCUCAACAGCGGCGAAGAAUUGUAUACAGAGUUACGGGACUGCAGUUUUACGACGGUUGGAGCAGUAUUGUCGCGAAAGGCGCGAAUUAUCAAAACGCAGUUAGACGAACGUCACAACAAUAAAUCGGUGCAAGAAAUAAAACAGUUUGUGUCGCGGCUACCACAGAUGUUGGCGAAUAAACAAUCGCUGGCGACUCAUACAGCCAUUGCGGAAUAUAUUAAAGAACAGACCACCGAUUCGUUUGAGUUCCACGACAAGAUACAAUGCGAAGAGGAUUUUCUGACUUGUGUUGAUAAUGAGAAGGUUUGUCCCUUCAUUGAAGAUCUCAUCGCCCAGAAAGCGCCUUUGACGAAGACGUUCUUCACCUAUGGCACUAUAUACGAGUCCAAAAUCGAUGAAAAGAGAAAAAGGACUGGCAAGCAAUGGUUACAUCCACUAGCAGUGAGCUUGAGUGUCUUAAGCCAUUUCUAUAAAAAGUUGCCAGUAAAGAGUACUACGGGCUUGUGA